AUGUUCGCCCUCGGCGCCAUCGUUGCUUUGUUCGCUGCGUCCGUGUCGGCCAUCCCGGCUUUGAACACUCGUCAGACGGGCGCAUCUUGUGCGGGGUUCGGUAGUGGCUCCACCGACACCCCGACGUACAACUUCACGCUCACGGCGUACAACACCACGCUCCCGAACACCAACAGCUCCGGUGCGCCGCUCGUCCUCGGGUGGGGUCCCCCUGGGACAAGUCCAGAGGCGAGUUACUGGGCGAUCUCCACGUAUGCGGAGUGGCAUUCCAACGAUUGGCCGUACUUCUCCCUUGAGGGUGGUGCGAUCUACCCUAAUCCCGGCCCAGAUGAGCAGGGCCUGGGAGCAUACGACUACGACAUCGCCUCUGGCGCAGAGGUCGGCUUCCUCGUGCUCCCCACCGAGCCCGGCCGAGACGUCCCGAAGAUCUAUUGUGCUGCUCUGCGAAACGGUGAUGUUUUGCUGGCGGUGAACAACGACGCGGACAGUUUCUCGCUCUGCCAAUCUGUCCCGAACACGAGCAACGUCCUCGUGUACCAGGCGAACAGCAACAACAGCGACUACUACGACUAUAGCACGUGCUACGGCGUGGAUGUCUUUGUCAUCCCGUACGAUGGCUAA